AUGGCAGCUGGUAGCAUAAUGUUUGUCUUCUUAUUUCAGGACACAAUGUAUGAUACCAGAGUGGAGGAAGAUGCUGAGUCAUCCGAUUGGGAAGGUAGGGGGGCUUCAAUGUUGCCCGUUUUUUUGGGUUUGGAUGGGUUGCGAGCAGAAGAUGUUCUUGAAAUGAAGUUUUCUUCACCUCAGGAGGCAGGCGGCUUCUAUAACAAUUACAGCCGACUAAAGGGCUUUGCAUCACGGCGAGGCAAGACGGUUAGAAACACUGCCGGAGAGAUCGUGCGGUACAGUUUUGUUUGUAAUAGGCAAGGAUUUAGAGAGAAGAAAUGGUUGGAAAAGGUUGAUCGCAAAAGGGAGCAUAAGGUCGUUACCCGAUGCGGAUGCAUGGCGGAGAUGAGGAUAAAGAGGAAAGACGGUAGUGGGAGGUGGUAUGUUUCGCGUUUUGUCGAGGAGCAUAACCACGAACUUGCGUAUGGGAAGCUUGUUGGUUAUCUGCGGUCACACAGGAAGAUAUCUGAGGUAGAAGUUGCUCAGCUAACAAGCAUGAGGGAGAUUGGGAUUAGCAUACCUAAGAUUUAUGAGUCUUUCGCAGCACAACUGGGGGGCUUUAAUUUGGUAACAUUCACAAAGCAAGAUAUGUAUAAUGAGAUACGGAAACAGAGAGGUCUGCAAGGCGGAGAUGUAAGUGCGGCUAUUAGGUACUUGGAAGGUCUGGCACGCAUGGAUGGGAAAAUGUUUUAG